AUGGACUAUGUUACCUGGAUUUGCACGGCCACGAGGAGGAGGACAACUAGAACGCACGCUAUCGGGAACUUCAUACUGAUGGUGAUGUGCACCCAGACGACAGCGACGUCGACGUUUUAUAGCUGGCCGAGUGUUGAUGUUAACCGCCGCACGUGCUGCUGGCGACCAGGUGUCCGGAGUCAGGUUCUGACCACCUGUCCUGGGGGAGAGUGGCUUCACCAGUGUCGUGCGUCAUGUUACCUGCUGAUGUCAUCUGUGGCAGCUUUUGGUGUCUACAUAUCGCAACAUCUGAGAUACUCGAAACGAAGGAAGGAAAUGAGGGUGACGCUUGUUCACAUCGUACUAGAGAACAAUGUCUACUUAAGCAAAGUACAAUCGACAGAACGGAUUGUCCUGCACGCUCUGCAGACAUGGAGCCAAUCGAACAUGUGUGGAACACGCUACCGUGUGCAGUAUCAACUACCGUGUGCAGUAUCAACUACCGUGUGCAGUAUCGACUACUAUGUGCAGUAUCAACUACCGUGUGCAGUAUCAACUACGGUGUGCAGUAUCAACUACCGUGUGCAGCAUCGACUACGGUGUGACUACGGUGUACAGUAUCAACUACGGUGUACAGUAUCGACUACGGUGUACAGUAUCGACUACCGUGUGCAGUAUCAACUACGGUGUGCAGUAUCAACUACCGUGUGCAGUAUCGACUACGGUGUACAGUAUCGACUACGGUGUGCAGUAUCAACUACGGUGUGCAGUAUCGACUACGGUGUGCAGUAUCAACUACCGUGUGCAGUAUCAACUACCGUGUGCAGUAUCGACUACGGUGCACAGUAUCAACUACGGGGUGCAGUACCAACUACCGUGUGCAGCAUCGACUACGGUGUGCAGUAUCGACUACGAUGUGCAGUAUCAACUACCGUGUGCAGUAUCGACUACGGUGUGACUACGGUGUACAGUAUCAACUACGGUGUACAGUAUCGACUACGGUGUACAGUAUCGACUACGGUGUACAGUAUCGACUACCGUGUGCAGUAUCAACUACGGUGUGCAGUAUCAACUACCGUGUGCAGUAUCGACUACGGUGUACAGUAUCGACUACGGUGUGCAGUAUCGACUACGGUGUGCAGUAUCGACUACGGUGUGCAGUAUCAACUACCGUGUGCAGUAUCAACUACCGUGUGCAGUAUCGACUACGGUGUACAGUAUCAACUACGGGGUGCAGUACCAACUACCGUGUGCAGUAUCAACUACCGUGUGCAGUAUCGACUACGAUGUGCAGUAUCAACUACCGUGUGCAGUAUCAACUACGGUGUGCAGUAUCAACUACCGUGUGCAGCAUCGACUACGGUUAUCGACUACGGUGUACAGUAUCGACUACGGUGUACAGUAUCGACUACCGUGUGCAGUAUCAACUACGGUGUGCAGUAUCGACUACCGUGUGCAGUAUCGACUACGGUGUACAGUAUCGACUACGGUGUGCAGUAUCAACUACGGUGUGCAGUAUCGACUACGGUGUGCAGUAUCGACUACGGUGUGCAGUAUCAACUACCGUGUGCAGUAUCAACUACCGUGUGCAGUAUCGACUACGGUGUACAGUAUCAACUACGGGGUGCAGUACCAACUACCGUGUGCAGUAUCGACUGCGGUGUACAGUAUCAACUACGGUGUGCAGUAUCAACUACCGUGUGCAGUAUCGACUACGGUGUACAGUAUCGACUACGGUGUACAGUAUCGACUACGGUGUGCAGUAUCAACUACCGUGUGCAGUAUCGACUACGGUGUGCAGUAUCAACUACCGUGUGCAGUAUCGACUACGGUGUACAGUAUCAACUACGGUGUACAGUAUCAACUACGGUGUGCAGUAUCAACUACCGUGUACAGUAUCAACUACGGUGUGCAGUAUCAACUACGGUGUACAGUAUCAACUACGGUGUGCAGUAUCAACUACGGUGUACAGUAUCAACUACGGUGUGCAGUAUCAACUACCGUGUGCAGUAUCGACUACGGUGUGCAGUAUCAACUACGGUGUGCAGUAUCAACUACCGUGUGCAGUAUCGACUACGGUGUGCAGUAUCAACUACCGUGUGCAGUAUCGACUACGGUGUGCAGUAUCAACUAUCGUGUGCAGUAUCGACUACGGUGUACAGUAUCGACUACGGUGUGCAGUAUCAACUACCGUGUACAGUAUCAACUACCGUGUGCAGUAUCGACUACUGUGUGCAGUAUCGACUCAACCUGCUCAAUCCCAGUGAUGUGGGUAGCAGCACACCAAAUAACAUCUAA